GACCUGGACCUGGACCUGGACCCUGUUGGACCUGGACUGAUCCUAAACCUGGACUGAUCCUGAACCUGGACUGAUCCUGGACCUGGACCCUGUUGGACCUGGACCUGGACCUGGACCCUGUUGAUCCUGGACUGAUCCUGGACCUGGACCCUGUUGAUCCUGGACUGAACCUGGACCAAUCCAGGCAGAUUCUGGGGUUCUCCUGAGGGUCCUGGUCUGGAUCCGGGGUCCUGGUCUGGAUCCAGACUGAUGUGACACCAGGAGACCAAGGACCAUGAUCUGAGGAGGAAAUCAGAGCAGGAUGUCGGGUAACGUGUCAUCGCUGGCUCCGCCCCCCAGCUCCGUGGCCCCGCCCCCUCCCAACAUCUCCCAGCAUGCACCGCUCCCGGACUGGGACCCCCCCAGCUUCAACAUCUCCCAGCAUGCACCUCUCCCGGACUGGGACCCCCCCAGCUUCACCCGGGCCGCCCAGGUCCGGGUCGGCGCCACCGCCCUGCUCUUCCUGUUCGCCGCCGUCAGCAACGCCGCCCUAUUGGCCAGCGUGUGGAGGGGGCGUGGCCGGCGGCUGGCGUCGCACCUGCGGCCGCUGAUGCUGAGCCUGGCGGCGGCCGACCUGAUGAUGGCCCUGGUGGUGAUGCCGCUGGACGCGGCAUGGAACGUGACGGUGCAGUGGCGCGGCGGCGACGCCCUGUGCCGGUUGCUGAGCUUCCUGAAACUGCUGGCGCUGCAGGCGUCGGCCUCGGUGCUGGUCGUCAUCAGCCUGGACCGCCACCACGCCAUCCUGCACCCGCUGGACGCCCUGAGCGCCCACCGCCGCAACCGCCGCAUGCUGCUGGCGGCCUGGAGCGGGAGCCUGCUGCUGGCCGCGCCGCAGCUGUUCGUGUUCGGAACCAUCCGGCUGGAGGCGGCCGACUUUACCCAGUGCGCGUCUCAUGGCAGCUUCAGCCGCCGCUGGCAGGAAACCGUCUACAACAUGUUCCACUUCGUCACGCUGUACGUCGUCCCCCUGCUGGUGAUGAGCUGCUGCUACAGCCGCAUCCUGCUGCACAUCCACCGGCAGCACCUGCGGGACAAAGCAGGUGAGUCUCACCUGCGGCGCAGCGGCACCGACGUGAUCCCGAAGGCGCGUCUGAAGACGCUGAGGAUGACGGUGGUGAUCGUGCUGUCCUUCGCCGUGUGCUGGACGCCGUACUACCUGCUGGGGAUCUGGUACUGGUUCCAGCCCGACAUGCUGCGGGUCACGCCCGAGUCCGUCCACCACGCCCUGUUCGUGUUCGGCAACCUCAACACCUGCUGCGACCCCGUCAUCUACGGCUUCUACACGCCGUCCUUCCGGGCCGACCUGGCGGCCUGCUGCCGCCGCCGCCGCCACGGGGGGCCGGGCGACGCCUCGCCGCCGUCGGGGGCCCGGCAGGGGCCCCACAGCGACGCCUCGCCGCCGUCCCUGGACCGGCCGUCCCUGGACCGGCCGUCCCUGGACCGGCAGGGGCCCCAUAGUGAGGAGCACAAGCCUCCGCCGGGCGGCCGGGCCGGUGGGGACCCUCCCUGACCGACCAGGGACCCUCCCUGACCGACCAGGGGGUGGCCGGGCCGGCGGGGACCCUCCCUGACCGACCAGGGGGGCAGCCAGGCCGGC